GCUCCCCCUCCCCGCUCCCGCUUCGCCAACCGCCAAAAGCCAAAUGUUUGUGUUUGUCCCUGAUAAAGCGGUGUUGUAAAGUCAGAGCCCUUCCAAGCGACGGUAUUUAGUCGUUUGUCUACGUUAUUGUUGUUUUAAAUUUAAAGAGGUUGUUGGUACUGUCGCAGUGUUCGAAUUCGAACUUUCAGGUUCGUUGAAAUCGAAUGUUGCUUCUCUUCGUCUGCGUCCAUAACCUCAACAGUUUUAAGUCGUUCGUGGUAGUUUGUUUAUGUUGAUCAAAUUUUGCUGAAUCUGUAAAGUUACAUCAUAAACUUUACAUCGGCUUUGUAAUCGUUUAUUUCUUUUACACAAAGGGACUAAUGUGUGAUGCCGGCAUGAUAGCAGACUUAUGUCUUGGGGCUCGGUACUCCAGCUUCAAAGCCUUGGAGUCGGCUAUUGACAAAUUUUCCAAAGAAACCAACUCGGUCUAUAUUGUGAACCAUAGUCGGAGUGUUGAACUUGAGAACAAGAUUCGGCCACCCAAUAAACAGAUUCCUCUGUGUCUCAAGUAUAAGAAUAUUAAAUAUGCUUGCAAACACUAUGGAAAAACUAGAAGUAAUAGCCGUGGACUGCGUCCAAAUCAAAGCUCAUUCAAGAUAGGCUGCCCAUCCUACUUUUAUGUAGCUGCCAAUACUAAAGAGUUGGUAGUUGAGAAAAUUGAACUGAAGCAUAGUCAUUCUUGUGAUCCGGAGCUGGUGCAACUUUAUCCUGAAAGACGCAGUCUCUCUAAUGCUAGAUGUGAUGAUGAGGCUGAAGAUGGGUCAGGCGUUUCAUUGAAAAGUGUCCGUGAGGAUGUCUUGGAUCUCUUAUCAAUUGGUGUUGAGCGGCGCCGCAUUUUAAAUUACGUGUGGGCUACCUCUGGGAAAAAAUUGUUUGCUGGGGAUUUGUCGAAUAUUGCAAAGAGCAUCAAAGAUACCCUUCGGGCAGUUUCUUCGGAAAGAGCUGAGCAUUUGCUGGAACAGUUGAAAGAAAUGGAGAACAAGCAGAAUGGUAGCACAUAUUUGCCCAAAAAUAAGCUUGGUGGCUUGAGUGCCAUGAAGCGGAAAGUUCCUUUCUCACCAGAAACUGUCGUGAAAACGGAGAUUAUCUCCAAUGAAGAUUCAUCAGAGCAGAACUACUCAGUAAUAUAUGAAGGUGAACAAGGUGAACAAGGUGACAAUACAAUGUACGUCACGGAUAUGGUGUAUCAAGAGAAUACGGAAGACAUUCAGUACCAAUACGAAAACCAAGAUGAAGCUACAGGGAACGAGAAUGCUACUACAAGUUGGAGUGAAAAUAGUAGUCUGGCUGAUGUAGUCAAGUCCAUUCUUGGGCCAAAUCAGGAAGGCCCUGUCAUUCUCCAUGUUAACAACUAUGAUGGAGUUGCUGUUGUCCAAGUUGCUGAUCCUCAAACCUAUUCCACUUCUGAGUCUCAUGAAAUUCAACAAUCUCCUGAAGAGGAAGAAGUUAUCAUCCCUGAAGCAAUACCAGAAUCACAACCUGUCACGAGGCUCGUUGUGAAAAAGUCUGCUGCUCAGAAGAAACCUGUUGUUGUCACAGCCGUGCCGGAACAUUCUAAUAAGAAUUCUUCUCGAGACAAUCUUUUGAAGUCAGCACAAUUGAAACAGGCUGGAUCAACGUCUGGGCAGAAGUCACCGUCUAAAAUUGAGAACACAGAGAGCAAUGAUGAUAACCUCUCAGAUGAUGGGAAUGAAUUUGGAACCCAAGAUGAUUCAAGUGAAACUCACAGUGAUCACAGAUCAGUGCUUGAAGAGGAGAGGACCAUGUACCGAGUGAAAACCAAGAAAAUAAGACUUCAAAUACACAAUUUAAGAAAUUGUAUUGAAAGGCAGGCUCUUGAAAAGAGAAAAUUACAACUUGAGAUUCAAUUACUCAAGAUGCAAGUUGAAGAAAAAGAGUCAGAAGCCCAACAAAAAAGGAAAGUGCCUGAUAAGAAGAAAUAAUAAACAUCUUUUUCAUGAUUGUAAUGUUAAGCAAUGGUGUAAAAAUAUAUUUACAAUGUGUACCAUGAUUUUCUCCAGAAUUCUCUCAUUUCUGUAAUGUUUAUCAUCAAUAAGUUGA